GUUCAGGGGGAGGUGCACUCCUGACCCUCCCCUUAAAGGUCAACAGAGUUAUGCUAAUGUGCUGUGAUGACAUCUGUGGGACGGUAUAAGAGGCGAGCAGCUGCUGCAGAGCUCUGAGCGUCUGCCUGCAGAGAUCUCAGUUUAACCCUCACCAUGCUGUUCUGCCACCCCCAACCUGAGUCCUUCAGCAACUGCAUCAGAGAGGCGCUGGCCCCGUUCCUGAAGAAUGAGGAAGCACGGCUCCAGAGCGGCUCUCCGAGUAGCCCCUUCCACUACGUCCUGUGUGCAUCCACGUCUCCGGCUGUGAAGCAGCAGGAUGAGACGCUCACAUACCUGAACCAAGGUCAGUCCUACGAAAUCCGUUUGCUAAACAGAAAGCUAGUGGAGUAUACAGAUAUAAGCAGCAAAUAUGUAAAGAGCAUUGUACGAGUGGUAUUUCAUGAUCGGCGGCUGCAGUACAUGGAGCACCAGCAGCUGGAGGGGUGGAGGUGGAACCGGCCUGGAGACCGGAUCCUGGAAAUAGACGUCCCUCUGUCAGUGGGAGUCCUGGAGCCUCAUUCAGACCCCCUGCACCUCAACACCAUCGAGUUCCUUUGGGACCCAUCCAAGAACGCCUCCGUCUUCAUCCAGGUAAACUGCAUCAGUACGGAGUUCACACCCAGAAAGCAUGGCGGCGAGAAAGGUGUUCCUUUUCGCAUUCAGGUGGAUACCUUCACCACCAACGAACAUGGCGAGUAUGUGGACCACGUGCACUCAUCCAGCUGCCAGAUCAAGGUUUUCAAACCUAAGGGAGCUGACCGCAAACUGAAGACGGACCGUGAGAAGAUGGAGAGGAAAAGUAGUUUGGACAGAGAGAAGUACCAAGUGUCGCAUGAGACCACCCUUCUCAAAGAGUGCUCACCGUGGCCUGACACCUUAAGCCUCAGCAACCAAAGUACUGCCAGCACUCUGUCACCCAUCUACCACAGCUCCCCGACUCCCAGCACUCAUGUAGAUGGCAACAACUCUCCAAACCAGCAGGGGGAGGUGUUCAUGCCUGGCUGCUUUGAUCAUCUUCUGCCGUCGUCUUCACCGCAGAACACUCAGCAGUGGCUGCACCGUCACAGGUUCUCGCCUUUUUCAAGGCUCUUCUCCAGCUUCUCAGUUUCAGACCAGACAUCAAGAACUCUUGCAGCAGAAGAAGAAAUUGUUGAUGUUUUUUCAGGUUCAGAUUUGCUGAGGAUGAGCAGGGAGGAUUUGAUCCAGAUCUGUGGCCCUGCCGAUGGCAUUCGCCUCUUUAACACCAUGAAAGGAAGGUGUAUACAGCCACGCCUCACCAUCUAUGUGUGCCAGCAGCAGAGCAGGAACCAAACAAGUGUGAAACCUGGAGCUGCUGAUGUGUACCAUGCUCUCUACCUAGAGGAGCUGACGCUGGUCGAUCUGUCUGAAAAGAUUGCCUCCCUCUUCCACAUCAGCCCCCAGCAGAUCACUCACAUCUACAGACAAAAGACCCCCGGCAUUCUCAUCAUGGUUUCUGAUGAGAUGAUUCAGUCCACUGGAAAGCAGUCAAUCAGCCCCAGCUGAUCCUCUUCUGGUUUGUCUCCUUGUGUGCACCCAAGUGGACAUCCUGUAGAGAUCAGCCUUGGAUGAAAGAAGACUGUGCAAAACUUCAAGGAGGAGGCUAGCUUUAUCAUCAGCGCAAUAAGAGAUGAAAGCACCGAUGCUUACCACAUAGUGCUAAAAUGACCCACAGGAGUUUACAAGCUCAAUUGUACAAACUGUAAAUAAAAUCUCAUUGUCACGUGUGAUAAUUAAGGUCCUGCUGCACGAUCGAAAUUUAAGUUUCUGUUAUAUGUCCUCUGCUCUAUAAUAUCGUUCAUGUAUAAAUGUAGUUAGAAAAAAAUAAAGCUAGCACCUUUCAUCAACCUCCAGACACAAGGAAAAGACAAAGAACAAUUUUACAAGAAGCUGUAAAAUGUCAAAAACUCCAAAAUUUUACCUCUGUCGUAGACCGUUUCAUUUUUUUUAUUUUUUACCAACUGUUGAGAAAAAAAUUAAUGAAUUAACAAUCUCUCUCUUCCUUCCUUAUUGGGUUAUAUGCACAUUUUCCACAUUUGAUGUAAAAAAAAAAACAUCAAAAGCAAAUGAUGGAAGAUAUGAGAAAUGAAAAGGAUCAAUUGUGUGAUUUUGACAAAGAUAUGGACCCAGAUAUUAAUUUUCAUAAUAAAUUUAAUGAUAACUGCAAAUACUUCUCGGAGGAUGAAGUUAAUAUACACAUUAAUUCAGUUGUUAAGUCAGCAGAAAUUAUGUCAUAUAUACAUUUUAACAUAAGAAGUAUUUAUGCUAACUUCAAUAAGCUAAAAGAGUAUCUCACUAGUAUGACUUAUAAGUUCAAGUUGGUAGCACUCUCUGAAACAUGGCUUGAUAAAGAUAGAGAUGAGGAAUUUGAAAUAGAGGGUUAUAAACAAUACCACAUAAAUCGGGAAGGAAAAAGAGGGGGUGGAGUGGCGUUGUAUGUUGAUAAUGGGUUGAGAAGUAAACUGGUGAAAGAAAUGUCUGUUGCAAUUGAAGGGGUCCUGGAAUGUGUAGCUGUUGAAAUUGAGAUGUGUGAAAGCAGAAAUGUCAUCCCUGCAUGUAUAUACAAAGCUCAAGGCUCAACUGCAAACCAAUUUACAGAUAGUCUUGAGAUUUUAUUAGAUACUCAGAAUCAUCAUAAAACUUUAUUAAUGGGAGGAGAUUUUAACAUUGAUUUUCUAAACCCAAACAACUGCAGAGACACGUCUUAUUUCUUAGACACUCUAACUGCUAGAUCACUCUUACCAGUAAUCACACAGCCAAGCAGAAUCACAAGUUCCAGUGCCACAUUAAUUGACAAUAUUAUUACUAAUAAUGUGGGGGCAGUUGUUCAAAGUGGCUUACUAUAUAAUGAUAUUAGUGACCAUUUGCCUGUUCUCACUAUUUUUGAUUUGCACCCAUUGAAAACUAAAAUUCAGAAACAGUUAAAUUGUUAUCGGCAGAGAACAGAAUUAACAGUCAACGAGUUUAGAAAAAGUUUAUUUCAACAGGAUUGGUCAAAAGUUUAUGUGACCGAUGUGAAUGUUGCUCAUGAAAGCUUUCUGGGCAUUUAUAUUUCUCUUUAUAAUAAAUGCUGCCCAUUAAAGUUAUUUAAGGAAACGUCAAAACUCACUAAGCCCUGGAUGACAAGAGGACUGACUAAAGCAUGCAGAAAGAAAAAUAAACUGUAUACAGAUUUUAUGAAAAACCAUACAGUGAAUAAUGAGAUGAAAUACAAAACUUAUAAAAAUAAACUUACAACUAUAUUAAGGAAAGCUAAAAUAGAUUAUUAUAAUGGAAAACUUAUAGAGCAGAAAGGGAAUAUGAAAGCAACAUGGAAGAUUCUGAAUGAAGCAAUUCAUCCGGACUUACAAAAACCAAAGCUACCAGAUUACUUUGUCAAUAAUGAUCUGGUAAUAAAUAAUAGCAAAGAAGUAGCAAAUCAAUUUAAUAAUUUUUUUGUUAAAGACACAAUUCUACAAUCUAUGUUUGUUGGAGAUGUUGAUGAGAGUGAAAUAUUAGCUACAGUAAAGAAAAGUGAAAAAAAAAAAAUCAUCUACUGACAGUGAUGGACUUGAUAUGAAAAUCAUAAAAAAAACAACUGAUUGCAUCAUUAAAUCAUUGACCUACAUCUUCAAUUUAUCGUUACAGUCUGGUGUUUGUCCUGAGAAAAUGAAGGUAGCAAUAAUGAUCCCAAUCUUUAAAAGUGGUGAUGAACAUCUAUUUAAUAAUUAUAGACCUAUAUCAUUACUCUCACAAUUCUCCAAAAUCCUUGAAAAAUUGUUUGCUUUUAAGCUAAAAGUUUUUUUUAGAAAAAAAUAAAAUACUUAGUGAAAAGCAAUAUGGAUUUAGGUCACAAAGAUCUACAGCGCUGGCUCUAAUUGAGCUAACUGAAAAGAUUACAACUGCAAUAGAUAACAAACAAUACACAGUUGGAGUUUUCAUUGAUCUACAAAAAGCAUUUGAUACAAUUAAUCAUUAUAUUUAUUUAUGGCCGCAUCUUGAAGAUGGACUCCACUAAGAAAGUGGCUCGGAAACUGGCUGGAAGAAGUUUUGGAACUGCUACCUGGGCAACAAACGUUGGCAAUGAGCAUGGCCAAGUCAUCAUGUCUGUGCUCACUGCCAGCGAAGGUUAUGGCCUUGGGCCAAUGGUUGAAGGGCUUAUAAAGCGGUAUGCAGUGGCUGGAGUACCUCCCGCUGAAGUGUUGUAUGUGGACAGGGACUCUCCUGAGUAGAAUGUUCCAAAAAUGGAAAGACCUAAACAUCUGCCUGGACAUAUGGCACUUUAUGAGAAGGUUCUCAGUGGGCUGCACCACUGAUUCACAUCAGCUAUACGCUUCCUUUAUGAGUCGCCUCAGCCGUUGUCUCUUCAUGUGGGAUGAGGAGGAUCUGACAGUUCUGAAGAUAGCCAAACGCUCAGAACUGGCUAGCAAUCUUAUAAAUCCAUCAGAAGCUGAUGUCCUGAGGUCCAUUAGCCACAGCGAGUUAGCCUUGCACUGCAGGCGAACUACACGCGGCUCUCAGGAGACUCUGGCUCUUAUCAGAAACCUCAUCCAAGCUUUUGACGGGGACAAUGGUCGCGACACUUUGGGGGUACCACUGAUCAACUCAGCACGCAUGAGCGAAAUCAUGCCAUCCCAGGCAAAACACGUGGCCUGCAUCCAGGAUCCCCCUGACAUUCAGCUCUACACCAGGACAGGAACAAUCCUGAAAGGCGAGCAUCGUUUGCCCACAUACCGCUGUGCCAGAGGUUCAACAUCCCUUGAAUCCUUUCACCUUCACCUGAAUGGGUUCAUCCCUGGCAACCUGGCAAGUGAUGUCUUCUUCCAGGCUAACUUGUUAGACGGGCUGGCUAGAUGGAAUGAAGACCGCGCUGUUGCAGCCACGACAGACGAGCAGCAGCCAUGCUCGUACAACCAUCUUCUGCGUCAUGCUGCAAACAGUUUGUCUGGGGAGGUCCUUGGCAAGGAAGUUGUUCCCUAUACUGAGCCAAGAAAGUACACAGGUGAACUUUUGGGGGUGGAGCUCUCCAAGAUUACCGAAAGGCUGUUGAGGAGUCAGACACAACUGACAUGGAGAUUGAAGACAGCUUCCAUGAACCUGAGGAUUGAGAAGACAUUAGUGUGCCCACUUUGGAGCCAGUAAGAACCUUCCCAACCUCUUCAAAGUCCUCCUCGGCACUGGUCAGCAGUCUGUCAGCUCCCGCCCCUCAACCUGGCCCUUCUUGGUCUCCUCCUCCGCUUCCUGAGGGUCCUUCAACAAGCGCGAUGCACUCAGCACCUGGACCCAGUUCGCCAUCUCUGUCCUCAUCAACUUCUGCCGCUACCUCUUUGCCCCCUUGAGUCUUAUCCCCUGAUGAACAGAGCUCCUUCAAAAAAGAUCUGCCAUCAACCAGUCAACAGUUGGACUCUUCACGUGACGAUUCGGUUGGCCCUGAUAAUAUUGAAGGUUAUGGGGCCGUGCAGUAGCUUGCUAGUUUCUUGGUUGGCCUCCGGGACCAUAAUCUAGUGGUGACUGAAGAUGAGGUCAAUCGGAUCAUCUCCCUGUGGCAAUCAUUGUCGGAUUAUGACAAAUGCAAAACAGUCUACUCCCAACGUCAUCAAGCCCACCUGAAGCAAGGGAGAUUCAGGGCCACCAAAAGAUUGUAGCCCCCGGUGUGGAAAGCAAAAAAAGGUGUUUUAUUGUCUCUCACAGUCCUGCACAGUGGCCAGACUGCAACUGCGUGGUCGAGGUCUAUUUGUGAGACUCUGUGUUGUAUCCAAAUACUGUGCGCUGUGAGGGGAAGAAGAUUUCUCGAUUCACAAUGGUUGUGCGCAUGUACAAGACGAUCAGAGAGUGCAUUGUCUCCAACGCAAGAAUCAUGAGUGAGACCACCAUCCAGCUUCCAGAAGUAAACGCAGCUACAGUCACACAAUGGUACAGCAGGCGGUGUUGGGCACAAGAAAAGCUAAUUCUGAAUCAGGGCAUCCCACAACCUGCUGCUUCCAUGGCAGCAACAGAAAAACUUCCUGAUCCACUUCAGAAAGGACAACAUCUUCAAACGGGGACCUUGGCUGAGCCUCACAUUUUUGUAUUGCUACCAAACACUGCUGGGGAGGCAAAACUGAAACCGAGGCCACAGCGGCAGAUGCCAGCACCCCAAAACCAGGACUUCUUUCCUUCAAUGAGCUCUGUACCCAUCAUCGUGCAAUCAGGGUCGAGUUCACAGGUGUUGGUUCCACCCAUUUUGAACAUUCCUAUCGGUGUAGUCAUGCCGCCUCCAGCUAUGAUAAUCAAAGUCUCUGUCCCUCCAUCACCUCAGCCUGCUUCAAACACACCAUACACAACACAACAAUACAGAAAGAGAAAGAUGGAAGCAGAGCAAAUGGGUGUCACAAAAAGGAAAUAUGUUAAAAACAUAGAUCACAUAACAUGCAGCAAAUGUGGUGCAAACAGACAGCCACCAUCACACCGUCAGUACUUUGGGAACUGGUUUUGUGAAGCCACGGAGACUCAAACAUAUGACAGUUGGAGAGCAGAACUAGAGAAACGUGGAUAUGGUUAAAAAAAAAA